AUGGACUUAGCCAAAGAGCUAGAAUCUUUAGGAGGUGCACAUAAUAUUCCUGACAUUUUUGAUUGCAUUGUUUAUGACGGCGCAGCAUUUGUUCACAUGAUAAGACUUAGAAAUUUGAAAUUAUUUCGGCAGUAUUUUGACAUGUUAUGCUUGAUGUUCCGAGUGUAUCAGUUUUUAAUUUUUCAAAUUGCCUUUUCGUUUAAAUUUUGCUUUGCAAGUUUUACAAUCGAAAGAAUAAAUAUCCGAAUGUGUUAGUUUGUGAUUUUUCAACUCGCCUUUUCGUUUAA